GUUUGUUCAAAUCACAAUAUAUAGUUAUAUAUAUACCAUCCCUCUCUCUCUCUCUCUACAAAGUAUACAUGAAAAUGGGAGGUCACGGGAGGAGGAGGAAAUCAUCAUCAUCUUUUUCUGUAGUAAAAUCGUUGUUUGCGCGUUGUUCGAAGGAAAAAGACAAUUGGAACGAAGAGAGAAUGAUCAAUGUUAGACCAAGAAUCAUGACCACCGACGAUGAUGGAUGUUCUUGGACGAUUGCUGAGCCUUGUAUUGAUAGGAGAGCCACGGCUUUUAUUGCUAAGUUUCACGAAACUCCAAUACAAGAUACUGAAUAGAAAGAUUAUUGCUCCUUAAGAUGUAAUAUAUAUAUGUCUUAAUGAUUAGUACUCUUUUUCUUAGACUUUUUGGUUUUUAUUAUCAACACCCUUUUCUUUUAAAGUCUUGUGUAUUCAUCUUGCUUAAUAUAUAUACAAAUUAAAGAAA